AAAUUAAUGAUUAACCACAGCAAAACCGUUUUUCUAAAUAUUUUUCUAGAUGUCUAUUGCUUUUUCUGAUAAAGCUUAAAGAAAAUGGAAACAGAAGACAAAGAAGAUCACAAAGAAAGAAAGAGAGAGAGAGGGGAGAGUUGAGAAAUUGAUGGGGGUCGAUGAAAGACUGUUGAACUCGUUGGAGUAGCGCUGCCAUGACUAACGACGCCGGAAGUAGUUGGAACAAACGAACUUUUAGGCAACAAUUCAAUUUGCAACUAAGCUAAAAUCGACAGUUAAGUAGAGAUGAAAUGGAAGAAAUUGGCAAUUUUAAGAAGCUGCACAAUCACCCAUUGAUCCUUUACCAAUACGGAAACUCUAAUAAUGGUGACGAGGUUUAUUGUUCCAAAUGUCGUAAACCAUGGCAUCCACCAGCGUUCAGUUGCUCCGACUCCGACUGCAGCUUCCAUAUCCAUCAAUCUUGCAUCGAUAUUCUUCCUCAAAUUCACACCCCUUUUCAUUCCCAUCACAAGCUCCCUCUAUCUGUCGUCCUCACCAACACAUUCUGCAAGUGCUGCGGCCAAAAGCCGACAGGAAAAUCGUACUCCUGCCCUCAAUGUGAUUUCGUUAUUGACCUACAAUGCCUCAUCGCCGACACCAAAGCCACCGGCUUAACCAAAAUCCCCGGUGGUGACCAAUUUCACCAUUUUACGCAUCCCCAUCCGUUAACCUUUCUACAGCAACAUUGGGGGAAAAACAGAAUCGUUGUUUGCUCUGUGUGCCAGUUGCGUAUCAAAUCAGGUUCUGAUUCUAUUUCUACUUACUUUUGCUCUCAAUGUGAUUCCCACUUUCAUCAACAAUGUGCUGAAUUGUCUCGUGAGAUUAUAAAUCUUCGUUAUCAUCAACACCCAUUGUUUCUUUUUGCGCGAUCAUUUGAGAGUAACAUACUUUGUAACAACUGUAGAAACAUAUGCUUCAAUUUUUUCUACAGUUGUCCACCCUGUAAAUUCAAUCUUCAUGUAUCGUGCUUGCCCUCAUUCCACCACCAACAUGACUUCAUUAAAUUGCACAAGGCAUUUCCUUAUAAAUGUCAAAUCUGUGGCAAGAAUUCUGAAUCUGCAGUUCCUUGGUUUUGUAGCAUUUGCCAUCUUUUCGCGCAUAAAAGUUGCGCCGAGCAACCGACCAUUCUCCAUACAUUUGAUCAUCGUCAUCCUUUAAGUCUAACGUUCUCUGGUCAUUGCAAUAUUUGCAAAAUCUGCAAUGGAAAGAUAAACAUGUCGUUUGCUAGAUAUGUUUGUCGGAUUUGCAGUUAUGAUGCACAUUUGAAUUGUGCUAAGAGUCGAGAGAAAAAAGAGAUGGAUGGAAUAUUGCUGACAGAAGAAGAAGUUGGUGUUGGCAUGAACAAAAUUUUGCAUUUUAGCCAUAAGCAUGAGUUGAUUCUUCGGCCGGGGGAGGAUGAUAGGGUUUGUAAUGGGUGUAUGCAAUUGAUAGUGACUGAAUAUUAUGGUUGUUCAAAGUGCAGGUUCUAUUUGCAUGAAGAAUGUGCAAGAUUCACGAGUCGAUACAAAAAGUUAUUGUUUCAUUCGCAUAAGCUGAAUAUGGUUUAUAUCCCAGAUUUUAUUUUCUCAUGUAGUGUUUGUCUUCAAUACUGUCAAGGCUUCGCCUAUAACUGUCAAGAAUGUAGCUAUGCAAUCGAUAUUCGCUGUGCUGCAAUUACAUUCCCAUUUUCACAUUCAAGUCACAAACAUCAUCCUCUGUUUCAUUACAGAGAUAAAGGAAAACAUAAAUGUGGAGGUUGUGGAGAAGGGUUGAAGAACAAAUUUGUAUUUGGAUGUGAUGAUUGCAACUUUUAUUUGGAUGCAAAAUGUGCAAAUCUGCCACUUGCAGUGAGAAAUAGAUUUGACGAACAUCCUUUAAGCCUCACAUUUGUGAAUAAAGACGAGGAAGGUGAUGAUGAACAUUACUGUGAUAUUUGUGAAGAAAAAAGAGGAAGAAAUGAGUGGUACUACUGUUGCAAGAUGUGCUAUUUUGCAGCACAUAUGAAGUGUGCUCUUGGAGAUUAUCCAUUUCUGAAGUCAGCAAAGUUUGAAGGUCAUAGGCAUAUGCUCAAUUUGGUGAAAGAAGGUAAGAAAGGGUACUCUGCUUGUGGUAGUUGUGGUCAUUCUUGUGAAGGAAAUUUGGCUUUUGAAUGCGAGCAUUGCAUUUGUAAGUUUAAUGUUCAUGCAUUUGGGUUGUGCUAUUACAAGCUGCUUACACAAGGCUCAAUAGCUUUCGCGAUGCCUUCCCUUCACUCUCGAUCACUUCCCCUCUACUUGGACCCAAUUCAAAGAAAAAGGAGCAAGAUUAUUAUGUUGUUGGAAGGAGAAGGGAAGCAAGGUGGUUGGAAGGAAAGAGAAUUCAGUGGAAUCAGAGAGUUCAUGGUGAAUCAUGGACGAUGGGCUGAUUCCAUUCUGAUACAAUACGAGGAAAAUGAGAAGUCAUUGGAGGAAGAGGAUGAUGAUGAAGAUGAAAAAGAUGAUGAUAUGGAGAUUCCGAAUGUGGCCAUGUCAUUGGGAAAAUACGGAGGAUUUGAAGGGGAGUAUUGGGAUGAUGCAGCCUUCUCUUCAAUACAGAGCGUGGAGAUUACUCAUGAAAAAGCCAUAAACUCCAUAACGAUUAAAUAUGACCAAAAUGGACCGUCUGAAAGGCACGGAGGAAAUCGAGGUUGUCACACAUCUGCGGUGGAUCUUGAAUAUCCAGAUGAAUACCUAAUUUCAAUAGUUGGAUAUAUGGGUUACUAUGGGCAACACUAUGUGAUUCGAUCCUUGAGUUUAGAAAGCAAUAAACAGAUUUAUGGUCCAUUCGGUAGAGAAGAAGGAAGAAGGUUUGUGUUUCCUACAAGUGGUGCUAAGAUUGUUAGUUUUCACGGUACAUCUGGGCUUUAUCUCAAUUCUGUUGGAAUCAAUGUUCUCCCCCUUCAAAACAACCUCAAAACCACUCCUUUGUAAUCAUUAUAUUGUAUUAUACAUUUUCAUAUUGAGUUGAUAUUUUAGUCAUACAUUUUAAUAUUGCUUAUACUUUUAAGAUAUAUGUUUGAAAUAAAGAUGUUUCAGCUUUGGAUUCAA